AUGCUGAGCUCUGUGUGUUUUCUGUGGGACAUCUGUUAUCCUUUAUGUACCUAUAGUUCCAUCUUCAUCAUUUUCCUAAUUGCCUGGCAAAUAAGACAGAGUUACCAGGGAUUGAGGUUGGAACCUAAAAAGAACUGCUGCCAGCACCAUCGAAAAGUCAGGCAAAGGGCUAGAGAUGCAGCGUCAAGAGCCAGGAGACUUUCCAAGGAAGAAGCUGAGAAGCCAUGGGAGCUGCUCUCUAUCAUGAAAAGCCAAAGCUGGCUCCCUGGUGAGGAAAAUGUGCAGCAGUUCCUGUGUGUAGAUCCCUGCUGCCAAAUCUGUGAUGCUGCAACUCUAGAGAUUCAGCAGUUGCUGGAGAGUGAGAAAAGCCAGCUGUCCCCUGCUUUACUGGGACUGCCACGGAGGUCUUCCUGUCUGGAGAUGUUGCCCAUAUCCAGUGUGUCUUUUGAACAGAACAUGAAGCUUUACUCUGGGCACUCCAGACAGCUUCCACUGGCAUCUGGAACUGAACCAGUAACACAACUAACAGAGCACUUAACUAACGCAGGUGGAGGCCAGCAAUGCUGGGCUGAUCACCACCAGCUAGGACAGGAAUUUCAUCUGGCAGACAUGCCCAUGGUCUCAGAGUCUGUGGCUUCCUCAAGGCUCAAGGGGCCUGUGGUUUUAGUGAUUGAGGAAAAAAUAAUGCAAAGCAAGACAAAGCCUGACCAGGAAGGUCAAGACCACCACCACUUGAGGUCCGCUGUGUCUUUACUGUCCCUGAACCCAAAGAUCACUAACUUGACACACGCUAUGUCCUUGCAUAUGGGCUCAGCACUGUCUUCCCACCUGCCAUUAUUUAGUCCUAAAGUCCGCAGGCUUCUUGAACUACAUGUAAAAAAAUGGAUACAUUUCCAGAAAUGGGGCCUUCCCAGACGUGUGGAGGAGUCCAUGAGGCAGCUUCUGCCAGACCCGACAUUAUUUUGUCAAUCCAGAAAAAAUCCACUUUCCUCCAUUCUGAACAGUAGUUCUAAGGUCACUUUGGACAAAAUUGGGACCAUUUCCCACCAGAUCAAUAGCUUUUAUUUGGCAGGCCUGCCCAUCCAGACCUGCUGGGUUUCUGAAUGGUCUGUUAUCAAUUGGAAACAAAGAAAUCACUGGUGGCACCAAAUCCAUACCUACUUGCCCUCUCAUGAACUUGAAUGCCUAAAUGACUGCUCUCCACUCCCCAAGGCACAAGCUAACGACUCAAGGAGCAAUCUUCAGAGUAAAUAUUACAGCCAGUUAUUCUGUGGCCUUCCAUCCCUUCACAGUGAGUCCCUGGAUGUCACUUCCUUAAGCUCUCAAGGUGUCUCCAAGAACGAGAGCACACCCAAGUCCCCCACAGAUCCUCGACCCUCAAGGGAGCUCUCACUCCCCUUCCUGCCCAAAGUACCACAUAAGUCAGCCCUGCCCUCUUCCCCAACUUCUCCAGAGGGCAAGACUCCCUGUGAGCACGAAGGACUGCCACAGAUCACUGUCCCAUUUCUGACUCUGGAAGAGUGUGAAGCAUUGGAAUGCCACCUCCUAGACAGGCAGGUCAGGCUCCAGUGGGGCCCGCCAGCUGUCUUCCUAAAAAGCUGGUACACCCAGAGCCAUGUGCAGUGUGAACUGCAUGGUAAAGCUAGGACCGUAAAAACUUCCUGGCCAGGGAAGUCCUCCUCACACCCAACCAGGGAAUUCUUCCUCCCAGAGCAUGCGCGCAGGCUGCUGGAAUUCCACCUCCAGAAGCAGCUGAUUUACCUGCGCUGGGGACUGCCCCAGAGAAUCCAGCGAUCCAUUCACCUGCUCCUCUCCUCCACAGACCAGCUGUCCUGCAGAAGCAUCCCAGGGGACCCAAAGGCUGAUGGCUCUGGUGACAGGUUGUCACCCAGGAUGGGCAAAGGGUCAAUCCACAUGCCGCACUUGUUUGUCCAGGCAAAGGCCAUGUUGAAGAGCCAUGUGGAUGCCAAGUGCGGGCAGAUCCAUGAGGGCAAGGUCCCGGGCCGAGCCUGGAGCUCUCGGGAAGGCGACAUCCCCGGAACCUUGGCAGCAAUGGCUCCCUUCUCUUGGAUUUCACAAGGCCAAUGCCCAAAGUUACAGGCAGAAAACAUCCCUGACCUGCAUCAGAAAGUUGUUCCCUGGAAAGCAAAGUCCAACAACCAGGAGAGGCAGGCCUUGUCGGGUGCCCUCAUUGAACACUGUAAGCGGCCCCAAGCUCUGCCCCAGGAAACCAUUAAGAAACUGGAGACAACUUUACAGCAUAAGUAUCUGGCCUUCCUGUCAGGCCUUCCUACCGUCUACUGCAUGGCUCUCUCUAGGCCCACAUCCCCAGCAGUCACUAUCCAACCUAGAGGCACAAAGAUGAUGUCCAGGCCUGUCAAAAGCCCACCAAAAGCUCAGACCCAAACUACCUCCCUUGAAGGUUCACUUGAGCCCUGCACUCAGGACAGUGAGGCCUCUGCCAACACUGCAGAAGAGUUGCAGCCUGAAGUACAGGUGGAAGGAAGGACAGAGAAGAUACCUCUGGAGAGCCAGCCUGCCCUGGAGAGCCCCUGCUCCUUAAACACAGAGAUCUUGGAGAGAUUGAAUUUCCACCUCAAAAAAAAGAUCCUAGGAAUGCAAUUUGGAAUUUCUGAAAAGGAGGAGUACAAAGAGCUGGCUGUAACAGGCCUGAAGAGUGGAUACAUGCAGGAAUUUCUUGGGAGUCUAAGCAUCCCAGAAAGCACAGUGCUACAGGAACAGCCCACCUCAUGUGACUCUCCUCCAGCCCCAGAUGUAAACAGGGCCCACCUUAAAAAACAGCCAGCUGCUGCAUGCCAGGAGCAAAGGCAGCCUAGUUCCAAAGCAGUGCCCCAUGGUUCUGCUGCUGAGGGAUCCACGGCCUCACAGGUCUGCAGGAAUAUGAUCAAGGCCCAAGUUCAGAUGGGGACCUCUGGGGAAGAGACCAGCCCAGAAGAACCCUUUAGCCCUGAGCCCCAAAGGCCUGUCAAGAGCAAGUACUCAUCCCAUGCCCCCACAGUGACAGAGAAGAGGGAAGAACCAGGGAAACCCAAGGCAGUGGGGGACCUUGGAAAAGGGGACACAGGUCUCGGGCUUUCCCCAGCCAGUGAGAAAGCACAGCAGGAUGGACAUGCGGAGCCAGAGUUGCAGCACAGGACAGCCCAAGGCUGCUCGCAACAGGGUCAGAGCUUGCGUCUGGAGGACAUCCAUCUGUCCAGCCCCCAGCAGCCCCCUGAGCUGGAGUUCCCAGAUCCACCUCCAGAAGUCCUUAUGGAGGCAGAAUCUGAGCACAACAUGCAAGGCAGUCAAAUGGAGGCAAGUGCCAUCCCGGAACCUGCAAGGAUGGCUGGGCACCCCCAGCCUGUGUUCUCCCAGGCCUUCCAGGACAGGCCUUUCCACCGCCCACUAAUCCAGGGAAAGCGUUUUCAGGGCCAAACCUGGCAAGGUCACGGUUCGCCAGGGCGGAUGAUGCCAGCAUCUGCUUACGUUGGUCCCAGCCUUCUUCCAGAGGCUAGCUUGAAAAAUAAGAUGAAAUCCUUUCUUCAAUCUAUUAGCCCCAAGAUAAGAGGCAAAACUCACACAGAGCCAUCCAUGGUCUCUAGGCCUGGAAAAGUGGCCAAAACCAAAGAAAAUGUUGAAAAGGCUCUGCCUCAAGCCAAAAGCCCCAGCAAGAAAACUAAGACAGAGGACUCCAGAGGGCCCAAGGGCCAAUCUGGGUCCUCGGAGAAGUCAGUGAUCGCGUCCUUCUUAACCGCUCCCCAUAUUCUAGACAGUAAGCUCUGGCCACACUCCCGACGGCUUGGCCAGCCCCACCACUGUCCCCGACACUGCCCUAAACUGGCUUAUGCCACUCAACACAGAAACCCACCCUAG